AACAUCUGGGGACCCUCAGGUUGAGAACCACUGCUCUUUAACCAACUUCUUCAAGUGGCUUACAAUGGAGUCACACUGGAAGACUUGAAGACUCCUAGAGAGAACAUCUUCAUCCAUGGGACAUAACUCUGUGUGGGCUGCACUACGUGUCUUGGGCGCAGGAUCUCAGCCCUCUUGCGUUGUUUCCUCCUGGAUUUCUGAAAGUGACCGUGUUGUACUUAGUCUCUCUCUUUUCUUUCUCUCUCCAGUCUCCUUGUAAUCUGGACUUCAGUCAAUAAAUAAUGCAACAUAUAUAAAAGUUUUGCUUGUCACGAGGCCUCAAUUUGUUUCUGACCUAUGGUGAGCCUUCCAUGGGGUUUUUCUUGGCAAGGUUUGUUCAGAAGAGGUUUGCCGUUGCCUUUAUCUGAGGCUGACCUGCCCAACGUCACCCUGAGACAUGAGAGAAACCUCCUACAGGAUGGCAAACAUCAAACAUCCAGGCAGCGUCCUGGGCAGCGUCCUUGCAAACAGCCAAUUCUCUCACACCAGAAGCGACUUGCAGUUUUUCAAUUCGCUCCUGAGACCAAAAAAAAAAAAACCCACUAACUCUCCUGGCUGAGUCAGGAUUGAAAGCCUGGUCUCCAGGCUCACAGUCUGACUUUCAAACCACAUUUAACCUCCAGAGAGUUGUUUAGGCCUCAACUUGAGGGGCGCAAUCACAUGUGUCAAGAGUGGCAGGCCUCCUGUAUAAACUACAGAAAUCAAUAGAAAUCACUUUUUAAGGAUAAGAGGCUAAACCUCUUAUCAGAACUCAUUUGGGUAUGCUGUGUGUUUUCUUAAUUUCAAAAGAAGACCAAUUUGGUGUUGUGUGCCUUCAAAUCAUUUCUGACCUAUAAGAACCCUACCACAGGAUUUUCUUGGCAGGACACAUUCAUGGGUUUUUGCCACCUCCUCCUUCAAAGGCUGAAAAGUGGGACUUUGUCAUUGAAGUCUGCCUUUGUGCCUGACCCAUUGGGACCCCAAGGAGGGCCUACAGCUGGGUCUUCGGGGCAGGAUUUGUGUAAAUGUCAGGAACUGGAGACUUUGGAAUAGGAAUUCACUCACAGCCUGAAAAGCUGGAAACAAACUCUAUUUCUAAGUAAAGCAGAUUCACCAGAAAGUCAGUUCUAACUCUGUGGAAAACACCCCAAGUUAUGCCCUCAGCAGCCCUGCUAUUCUCUUCUUCUCUCUAUUGUUUACAAGUUUUCAAGGUCUCUACAACUUACCAGAAUAACAAUGUUUUGACUAGAAUUCUUUCCCAACCUUGAUAUACCAGGCGGAGGCAAUUAACAGGCCCUGGUGAAAUAUCUUUAUGAUGGCAUGGGGACCUCUUGGCACAUUCUUUGAGAUUCAAGAGCAGGUUUCCCAAAGGCUGAGGCACUGGAAGAGCUCAGAUGUUGCAGAGCCAAAGGUUGGACAGAGGCAGAGUCAUCGGCUGCUUUCCAGAAAGAUAAAGUCUGAGAACUGAAAGUUAAGGCAUUGUCUUCGCAGUGAAGCAUCAUCAAUAGCCAUGGCCUCUGGAGGCUCUAUGAAGAAGUUCUGUGAGGAACUGUCCUGUCCCGUCUGCUUGGAGUAUUUCAAGGAGCCUGUGAUGAUCAUCUCCUGUGGGCACCAUUUCUGCCAAUCCUGCCUGGAUCAAUGCUGGGAGGGGAAAGAGGCCUCCUGCCCCCAAUGCAGGGAGAAAGUGCAGCAACGGGGCAUCAAGCGGAAUUGGCAGCUGGCGAACCUGGUGGAAAUAGCCAAGGAACUGGGGAGCCAGAAGGCGGAAGAGAAGGGGAGAGUCUGCCAGAGGCACCAGGAGCCCCUCAAGCUCUUCUGCAAGCACCACGAAGCCCCCAUCUGUGUGGUGUGCGACAGGUCAAAGGAGCACGAAAACCACAACGUGAUCCCUCUGGACGAGGCAUCAAAGGAGUACAAGGAUCGGAUUGGGAAUUUUCUGGAGUCUCUGAAGAAGGAGAGAGAGAAAAUACUGGCCUUCAAAGCAGACGCAGCGCGGGAAAGCCAGGAUGUGCUUGAGAGAGCUCAGAGAGAGAAGGAUAAGGCUGUGGCUGCAUUUAGACUCAUGCACCAGUUUCUGGAAGAACAAGAGACAAAUUUUCUGGCAAAAAUAGAAGAGGUGGAGAGAGAGAUUUCAGCCAAAGGAGAAGAACAUCUGGCCAGACUCUCCAAAGAACUCUCCUCUCUCUCGAAACUCAUCCAAGAGAUGGAGGAGAAGCAUCAUCAGCCGGCAAGUGAACUCCUCCAGGACAUCAGAAGUUUCUUACAGGGUUAUAAGAAAAAGGGGAAAUUUGGGACCCCUGUGGCUUUUUCUCCUGCCCUAAAAUGGAAGAUCUGUGACAUCUGUGAUAUAAAUCCCUUUCUGGAGGGUGUCAUGAAGCAAUUAAGAGACUCUCUGGAAUCUGGACUUCAGCAGCAAAAAGUACGUGUGACUCUGGAUCCAGACACAGCCCAUCCUCAGCUCAUCCUUUCUGAAGAUCGCAGGCGUGUGACAUUGGGAGAGAAAAGGCAAUAUCUUCCUGACAAUCCUGAACGAUUCAAUCGACGCCUUUUUGUGCUGGGCCAGGAGGGAUUCAGAGGAGGCAGGCAUUUUUGGGAAGUCCUCGUGAAGGAUGGGAAAGCAUGGUCUGUGGGAGUUGCCAGAAAGUCUGUGCAGAGAAAGGGCUUCAUUCCCGACGGCCCUGAUGCUGGGAUCUGGGAAGUGGAAAAGGGUUUAUUGGAAUACAGGUUCUACUCCAACAAUGGGGUGAUCCGACGUCUGAUUCUGAGCGAGGAGCCCAAGAGGGUCCGAGUGACACUGAACUGCGAAGGGGGUCGGGUGGCCUUUUACGAUGCAGACUCAGCAGCCCUGAUCUAUGAAUUCCCUCCAGCCUCUUUCUCGAGAGAGACCCUCGUCCCAUUCUUUUCUGUGUGCUUUGUAGGCCAACUGGAGCUCUCUUCCUAAGGAUGGAGAGCAAUGUCCAAAACUCACAUCAUCUGAGACACAGCUCUGCCUCCAUAGCCUGUAACUGAAAUCUGAAGGAUCCACAUUGGAAGAAAUCGUCUGGCUGCUUCUCUGAGGUAACCAAGUCAAGCUGAAGACACUUUCAGCUUUUGUUGACCAUUUCUGCUACCUAGGCAGCCACUUUUCCACAAAAGUCAAUGUUGAUGCUGAAAUACACCAUCUGUGCACUGAGUGCAUUUUUUUUUUAAAUAAAGCAGAAAGGGUUUGAAGAUCAGGACAUUCAUGGGGAUACCAAGAUGCUUGUGUCUAAAUCUAUUGCCCUUCCAACUCUAUUGUGUGCCUGUGAAAAACAUGGACCAUCUAGAGAUGUCAUUCUUGACAUCUGGAAUAAUUCCAGCAGCUUUGCCUUGAAAUUUGAUUCCAUUGACAGAGAUGGAUAAACACUUUUAUAUUGAAAGACAAAUAUGUCCAGAACCUCUAGAGCAAUUGGAUAGUGAAGGAUGGUUUCUAAUCUGUAUUUACUUAUCCUGGAGUGACAAUGGGGAGUCAAUUAAAAGGAUAAGGUGCAAUCAAAAGAAUGGUAAAUCUAUGCAUUAUGUAUGUUUAUCUAAUGGUUAACAUUCAUAUUCAAGAAUAUGGCUAUGUGAUGCCUUUUUCUGUGUAUCUGCAACAGAUUAAUCAAUUGUAAAUAAAAUGAUUAAAUGUUUAAAUAAUUUUAAAAAACGCCUGCAAAUUUCUUGGGAAGAAAACUGGUGGAAGAGCCUCAGUGUUCUGGGAGACACAAAGACCACCAGCACCCAAGCCAUGAUCCUCCUCCAUCCACUUUGCUGGACUGGCCACCUGGUCUGAAUGCCUGGUCACUGUCCCCCAAAGGAGUUAUUUGACUCUCGGCUCAAGAAUGGAUAACAGAAUGUCAGUAGACAGUGAGGGAGAUAUAAAGAUGGGAUUCAAGCUAACUUUCAAUAAUGUGGAAGAAACAUAAAGAACUGGCCUUCCAGCAUUGGAACUGGAGUUCAGCUGUUACCAACAGUUCUUUGGAUUUUGAAAAGGCGCAAAUAGUGGGCGAAUGCGGAAAAUGUGCCAAGAGGAAGGUGGUUCCUGGGGUGGAUUUACAGUGAUUUCCUUCCUUUCUAGCA